CACGCUCCUGAUCGGCAUCCCGUUCUGUAGACUCUUUCAAGCCCGUAGCUUGGACAGUCCUCUCGACUAAAAUCAACCUCCGUCAUCAGGAAGUAUUUUUUAUAAUCCUUAAGCGCCUCCGAGUUGUCACCGAGAACGGGACCGUCACGUGUCAGACUUGAAUAGUCCACUUUGAUUACCAUGUCUGAUUCACCACCGACAUCUAUUCCUAGCACACCUAUGUUCUCGAACCAGCUUUUAUGGCCACACUAUGGCUACCCCCACACCGUACCGGGACAGACAUAUCUUGUCUCUCCCGCCCCACCCCUACCCCCACCACCUCGACCGCAGGUGGUAUCCCUUCCUUCUCUAACGCCACAGACUCCAACUGCGCCUCGGUUUCCCGCAGCUCCCAUCUCCCCUCUCUCGCUCAGUAUAAAUAACCCGCCCAUCUCAGCUGCCGCUUCCGUAAUUAACACUCCUGCGCCCCCUUAUCAGUCCGUUCUUUCCACACCCGCUCCAGGUAGCAUGCACGCUUGUUGGUGUAUACAGCCCCAUGCGCCCCACCACUACCCUCAAUUCCAGUAUCUAUCUCAUAGUCAGAAUGCGCCCCCGCACGUAGUCGGCGCUGACUCCUCGGGUUAUUUUCCUCCACAGCACCCAGUGGACGACGGGCAGGCAGGUGGCCCACUUCCUCCAAAUGACUCCUCUAAGCUACAGGGCAAUCAGGCUCCUACUGACGGUCAAGACGUCCCUCAGCCUGGUGUCGGCCAGAGUGAAUUCGCCACUGAGGGCGGGGGGCCGAUUUCACUAGCUCAGAGAAAUCUUGAACCCUCCCACUCAGCAGCGCUUAAAGUACGAAGUGUGGUCAAGAAAAGAUCCGUGGGCUUUGCUCCUCUCGAUCCUCAUAACACCUAUCACCCUCAACACUCGUCCCCUCUCGUGUCCGUGCCCGCGCAGGUGCGCAGUCCAAACUUGGUGCACAAUCGCCCCGAAGACGGCGUUCAAGGCAGCUCCUCCAAGAGAGUCCGUUUAUUCCCACCUGAAUCAGCGCCUGGUAUGCCUUCAUCGCCUUUGGUCGCCUCGUGGCAGGCCUUCUCGCAUCAGAUGUCCAGGAACCCCAAGAGUCAUGUACAGGAUGGAAGCCCUUCUCACUGGGACGGCAGUGACCGCGUCCACCCUUCUCCUUCCAUUCGCACUGACCAAUUGGAGUACACACCACCCGAAUUCUGGUCGCGCAACGUCGUGACGGAGCCUGGCACCAGAUCCGUACAAAGAGAUCAUCCACUCAAUCGAUCCGGGCCUAGACGGUAUUCCAGAGAUUCUGUCGAGCAGUUAUAUGCCGAAUGGUCCUCGCUCGAUGAUUCUGCAGUAAGUGCUGAAGUACAAGAUGCAAAGCCCUCAACAACAGCCGCGCCUGCAACGGGACGCAUACAGGCAAAAGAUCUUCCCCCAUUGCCCAUGCAGUCAAGAGGGUCUAGUCUCCCUGAAGAGCAUAUCUCGUUGCCCAAUGAUCAACUACACUCGACACAUCAUGACGAUCCGCCACUCGUGAUACUGCCAGCGGAGCGAAGAGAGCGAGCUGGGCCUAUAAAGGGUACAUGGAGAGCCAUUCAUCAGAAUUCGAACAUGUCCCUCGCCUUACAGCUCGAACUUGAGGGUGCGAUACCAGAGCUGGUAUUGGAUCUGGGUCCAGAUCUAUCACCUCUAGGAUCUCCUGUUGGUUCCAUGUCCGACGACUACUCAAUACUAUCCGUGCAGCCAACACUGCCGGAUGACCACACUUUGUCUGCGAGGGAGCAUGGGCAGUCAUCUUCUGUAUCUGGAAUGCGAACAUGGACACAGGAGGAAUAUCUGCACCCACCUGACUCAUUGAUGUUCUCCCUGAGUACCGUUUCAUCUGUGUCUUCCUGGAAUCCCAGCUCGGGUUCCGGAAAAGGACGCAGUGUGCGACCUAUGAACGCAGCAGCUGAGGUCAAGGAUGCGGCGUCCAGUAAUCUUCAGAGGACCGAACGUGCUACACACGACGCGCGAGGGAUGCUCGCAGUUUCACGCGCCGAUCUCGAUGCCUGCUUCAAAGCUGUCACAAAGAUCCGUUCUCACCUCUACCCAGCUGAGCGAAGGCUGGGCCAAAGCUCUGCAGACGUUGUGUGCUCGAAUCUUUGGGAUUCUCUUAGCGCCGUAAAGGCUGUCUUUGGUCAAAUCGAGUUGGAGUUUCCCAGCAAAGGCUAUCCCACGAAGACGGAGACGACGUGGUUACAAAAGCGGCGUGACAUGCUGCUAUCACUGCAGCGGAACUGCCUCCACCUUGUCUCCCUGGAGAGAAAGAUUGCUAGGCGUGAUUUGACCAGGAGGGCAUCAGACAUUUGUCAGAAGAUAGAACAAUUUGAUACGAAGAUCUUUGAUAUCUAUAUUCGUCUCGCUAUUUCGCAUCACAUCUUGCAUGAAAGUCACCUGCGCACCCGACUUCGAGAAUAUCGCCGUGACCACAGGGAAGAUAUUGACCCAGAAGUGCUUCGUCAGUUGGGCGCUCGUAUUCGCAAGGAGAGGACUGUCGUUGACAUCCUACGGAACCCGAAGUCGCCCAGAAGGCUGUCAAUAAUGAGAAUGAAAAUAGACGAGGCCUAUUCGUAGCCGCGAUGUCCAAAGUUGGGUGCAUCAUCUCUGAUGAAGUUGUGCACUUGAUAUCUGGGCUGUUUUUUUACAUUUUUGAUGUUUUUACACCACUAAUGAUAGGAUGAAGUGCCCACACUGUAACGAUACUUUAAUGAUAAUGAAAUAUAAGGUUUUAAUCUCG